UGCCUUGUUUCCUUUUAGGUUCCAGCUGGGACUGGGCUAUUAAAGCAGCAUUCUCAAUCAGAUAAAUUCAUAAGAACUUCCAGUCAUGAUCAGCUGUUGGCAGAAAUGAUGCAAUCUCAUAUGGUUAAAGAUAUGUGUUUGAUUGGAGGAAAAGGCUGUGGAAAAACAGUUAUUGCUAAGGAGUUUGCUGAUAUGCUAGGAUACAGCAUAGAACCUAUCAUGCUAUAUCAGGACAUGACGGCUAGAGACCUGCUGCAGCAGAGGUAUACUCUUCCUAAUGGGGACACUGCAUGGAGACCAUCACCUCUUGUUACUGCGGCCUUGGAAGGAAAACUUGUUAUUCUUGAUGGCAUUCAUCGAAUUAACCCUGGCACUCUAGCUGUAUUGCAAAGGCUAAUACAUGACAGAGAAUUGACCCUCUAUGAUGGCACCAGAUUAUUAAGGGAGGAUAGGUAUCAGAACUUAAAAGAAGAAUUGAAGAUCCCUGAUGAGAAACUACAGGAAAGGUCUAUCUUUCCUAUCCACCCCUCAUUCAGAAUAAUCGUCCUAGCAGAACCUCCUGUCAUUGGAAGUAGUACCCAACAGUGGCUUGGUCCAGAGUUUCUGACACUGUUUCUUUUUCAUCAUGUUCGAUCUUUAAGCAAAAAUGAAGAAAUUCAAGUUAUUAAAGAAAUGAUUCCAAAUGUACCCAGUGUUGCUGUGGAGCAGUUGUUGUCAUUAACACAUAAGCUUCGGGAGACAAACGAUGCCACAGCACAGUCCCUGGCUUCAUCUUUAUCUACUCGACAGCUAUUGCGAAUUUGUCGUCGACUGUCACAACAUCCAGAUGAAAGCCUUUACUAUGCUGUUAAUAAAGCCUGCCUUUCCAGGUUUUUACCAAACCUUGCAAGAUUGGCUUUACAUAAAAAUCUACAGGAUUCGGGGAUUGAAACAAAUCCGGAUAACAUGAAGAAACUAGAGGAGAAGGAUUACAGUUGUGAAAUAAAAAAUGGGAUUCUGAAAAUAGGAUCUGUGACUAUGCCAGUUUAUAACCCAAGUGAGAAAAUGAAAGUGCCUGAUGUUUUGUUCUAUGAAAACGCUCAACACAUGAUGGUAAUGGAAGAUAUGCUAAAAGACUUUCUGUUGGGAGAACAUCUUCUUUUAGUUGGCAAUCAGGGUGUCGGGAAGAACAAGAUUGUUGACAGAUUCCUUCACCUUUUAAACAGAUCCAGAGAGUAUUUACAGCUGCAUAGGGACACCACUGUACAAAGUCUUACCCUACAGCCUUCUGUUAAAGAUGGUCUGAUUACAUAUGAAGAUUCACCUCUGGUAAAGGCAGUGAAGUUUGGACAUAUUUUGGUAGUUGAUGAAGCAGACAAAGCACCAACAAAUGUUACCUGUAUCUUAAAAACCUUAGUAGAAAGUGGAGAGAUGGUUUUGUCAGAUGGAAGGCGAAUUGUUGCCAAUCCUGCUCAUGUAGAGGGGAGAGAAAAUGUCAUAGCAAUUCAUCCUGAUUUUAGAAUGAUAGUUCUAGCAAAUAGACCUGGAUUUCCUUUCUUGGGUAAUGACUUUUUUGGCACAUUAGGGGACAUUUUUAGUUGCCAUGCUGUUGACAAUCCUAAGCCACAGUCUGAGCUGGCUAUGCUUCGACGGUAUGGUCCUGAUGUUCCAGAGCCUAUUCUUCAGAAAUUAGUAGCUGCUUUUGGAGAGCUGAGGAGUUUAGCUGACCAAGGAAUUAUUAAUUAUCCCUAUUCUACUAGAGAAGUUGUGAAUAUUGUGAAGCAUUUACAGAAAUUCCCAACUGAAGGACUGGCAAAUGUUGUUCGAAAUGUGUUUGACUUCGACUCCUACAACAACGAAAUGCGUGAAAUUUUAACCAACACUUUGCACAAAUAUGGGAUACCUAUUGGAGCAAAACCAACCAAUGUACAGCUGGCCAAGGAACUGCCAUUACCAGAUCAUAAAUUUAUGGGCUACUGGAAAAUUGAUCAGCCGGGGAAUGCACAACAGAAACUGCUGUGUCCCACAGAAACUCAAAAAAUAGAUGUAAAGGGCCCUGUGUACUUAAAUAUUCAAGGAUUUCCACUGGAACGACAUGAAGCCCGGUCCCUCAACUUCACAGAAGAGCUUGCUUAUUGGACACUGCCUUUGGAUGAAACUAACCUUGUUUGCGAUGUCACUGUCACAAAAGAAGAGGAAACUGACAAUGUUCUUUAUGUUACUACCUGCAAUCCUGUUUCCUUGUACUUCAUGAAUGUCUCUAGUAAGAAUGGAUACUUUGUGGAUUUGUAUGACAUCUUCCCAAGAACAGUUGGACAUGUCUGGCAGCCUUUUGUGACUGUGGCACCACUGGGAAAUCCACUCAAAGGUCAAGUGAUUCUGCAUGAAGAGGAGAGCAAUGUUGUGUUGUUGUUGGAUACAAACAGUGGUGCCAUUCGUCGGCUUUUGCUCUCACCAGAUGCUCAAGAUUCUCCCAGGAGAACACCCUGGUGGAGCAGCAAGGAGGAGACGAGCAGUUACAAAAUGUGCCGAGAGUUUUCACACAAAAACUGGCUGGUGUUCUACAAGGAGAAAGGAAACCGACUUAUUGUACUCGAUGUAUUAGAGGGCCAAACUCACACCAUCUCACUGCCGAUCAAUCUGGAAUCUGUCUUCCUGGUGGCUGAAGACCGGUGGCUCUUGGUGGAAAGUGAAACAAAUCAGAAAUUUCUUUUAACGAAGCGUGUCCAUAUGGAGGCUGAAGACAGUGAGGCUUGCCAGCUGUAUGCAUUGAAUGAAGAGCCAGCUGACAUGGGAUUUGGCUUAACAACGGGUGAUACUGUCACUAUUGGAGAUGUGUCUUUUAAACUCAAAACACCGAAGAACCCAGAACUUGUUCCACAGAAUUACAGUAAGCAUCUGCUUUCCUUGUGA